GUGACCUUUGCCCAGCACGUGACCGGGCUCCGGCCCCUCCCCCUCCACCCCAGCAGCAUGGCGGCGCUGGUCCGGGUGGCGCGGUCGGUGCGGCGGUGGUCGGUCCCGCGUCUCCUCCGCCCGGGACCCUCCCCGGGUUUCGGGCAGGAGGUGGACGGCGUCGCAGGGUGUCGGGCCGACCGCCCGUGGGUCAGCCUUUCUAGACCUCUCUUCAGCAAUGUGCGUUUGUGUGGAGUUGCCACGGUACAGAGGACACUUACCAAAGAUGAACCAAGUGCAGCAGUUCGAGCUAAGCAGGCUGUGCAAUUUGACUGGGCCUUGAAUAAGCUUGAUUCCUCUGUUCGGAGAACAGGUCGCAUCACAAAAACCUUGCUGUUGAAAAUUUUUCAUGACAUCUGUCGAACAGGCUGUCCUAGUGGCAAUCAAGCCUUGCUCCUGCUGCGUAGCUGUGGCUCCUUGCUUCCAGAAAUGCACUUGCCUGAAAGAACAGAAUUGGCUCACAGAAUCUGGGACAAGCUACAAGAACUGGGUGCUGCUUAUGAUGUGAGCCAUUACAAUGCACUGUUGAAAGUCUACCUUCAAAAUGAGCACAAGUUUUCACCAACUGAUUUUCUGGAAAAAAUGGAAUCUGCAAAUGUGCAACCUAAUAGAGUUACCUUCCAAAGAUUGAUAACAGCAUAUUGUAAUGAUGGAGAUAUUGAGGGUGCAAGUAAGAUUCUUGGUUUCAUGAAAGACAAGGAUCUGCCGAUUACUGAGGUGGUGUUCAAUUCCCUGGUGACAGGGCAUGCACGGGCUGGUGACAUGGAAAGUGCAGAAGGCAUUCUAAAUGUGAUGAGAGGAGCAGGGAUUGAGCCUGGCCCAGAUACUUAUGUUGCCUUACUGAAUGCAUAUGCUGAAAAGGGAGAUGUUGAAAAUCUGAAACAGACACUGGAAAAAGUUGAAAAGACAGAUGCCAGCCUGAUGGACAGAGACUUGAUGCAAAUUAUCUUCAGCCUGGCCAAGUCUGGCUAUCCACAAUAUGUUCAGGAUAUUGUGGAACGGAUGAGACAUGACAGGGGAUAUGUACCAGAUGCAAUGAACUUGUGCUUGAGCCUGAUUACACAGGGUUUGGAAGAAACAGCUUUCCAGGUGUUGAAAACCUUUCCCACUUUUCAGUCCGAGAACCAAAAUGGGGACUCCUUAGAUUUUGGUAACUUCUUCAUCCGCCACUGUGUCAAUCUAGAUAAGCCAUUGGACAAGAUGCAGCAGUUCUGUAAGGGACUAAAGGAGGCCAACCUGCAUUCAGCUCCCUUUCAGUUUGCUCUUUAUUGCGCUCUGGAUGCCAAGAAAGCUGGAAUGUCUGUUGAGCUCAUGAAGAUCAUGCAGGAGGAAGGUUUACCUGUUAGACCCCAUUACUUUUGGCCUUUGCUGGCUCAACAUCAGAAAGAAAAGAACAUUCAAGGAACAAUAGAAGUACUGAAAAUCAUGCAGAAUCUGGACAUAGAGCCUGAUGUGGAGACCUAUGCAAAUUAUGUCCAGUCGGCAUUUGACAAUGUGGAGCAAGCUCGUGUCCAGCUUGAGGGAAAUGGAUGUCUGGUCAACACAGCUGGAUACUAUGCUUCUGAACUCAGAAUAGAAGCUCUUAAUGGACAUUUGGACAAGGUUUAUUCAAUGUUGUCCUCACCUCAAAACCCUGCAGUGGAUUUAAGUAAUUUCAGAGGAAGUCUGAUUUUAGGCUUUAAGAAGUCAAAAGAUUUUGAUAUUCUUGCCAAGAUAACAGAAUUGUUGUACAAAGAUGAGCGUUAUUGCCAGAAUUCUUCAAGACCGACUGAAGCCAUUGGCUAUUUUCUUUAUAACUUGAUUGACAGCAUGAGUGACUCUGAGGUGCAGGCCAAGGAGGAGCAUUUGAGACAAUACUUCCAUCAGCUGAACAAGAGGGAUAUUGUAAUCCCUGCAAAUCUCUACAGAGGAAUCCGAAAUUUGCUGGAUACAUACCAAGUCCCUGAGUUAAUUAAGGAUGUUGUUAUAUUGGUGGAUCAACAGGAUAAGCUGACUGAUGCUGACCUCCUAAAAGGGGCUGAAGCUAAAAUUGUUGCCCUGGAAACAAAAUUGGCAGAGCUAAAAAUGGAGAACAAAUCCAUUGGAGAGACAUUGAAACAAUUGAUCCUAUUGCUUUGUGGGACAGAGAAUAUGCAAAAAGCCCUUGAAGUGAAAGCUCAGUACGAAUCGGACAUGGCUAUCGGUGGCUACGCUGCACUAAUAAAUCUUUGCUGUCGACACGAUAACGCAGAAGAGGCACUGAACCUGAAACGAGAAGUGGACCGUAAAGAUUCUUCAGCUAACCUUGAUACAACUAAGUACUUGGCACUUGUGAGGGUCCUAGCUAAGCAUGGUAAAUUAGAAGAUGCUAUUUUAAUCUUAAAAGAGAUGAAAGAGAAAGAAAUUGGUCUACGAGACACAACCAUGACUUCAUUCUUCCAUAUCCUGAAUGUUGCAGCCUUGAGGGGAGAAACAGAUACGGUGCAACGGCUACAUGAAUCCAUUGUAAACUUGGGGUUAGCCAAACCCACUGCUAAUCUCUGUUCACCACUCAUUACAGUCUAUCUUGAUCAGGGGAAUGUACCUGCAGCACUAGAUGCAGUUAUUGAUUGUCACAAGAAGUAUAACCAGAUGCCUCGACUCCAUGAUGUUUUGUGCAAGUUGAUCGAGCAGGGUGACACAGAGCUCCUGCAAAAAGCUAUGGAUUUUGUGAACCAAGAGCGAGGUGAAAUGACAAUGCUAUACGACCUCUUCUUCGCUUUUCUUCAUACUGGGAAAUACAAAGAGGCCAGAAAAAUUAUCGAGACCCCUGGCCUGAGAGCACGCCCAGGGAGACUUCAGUGGUUUGCUGAUAAGUGCACAGCUACAAAUCAGGUUGAAGCACUCGAGAACAUGGUGGAGAUGACCCAGAAGCUAUUUGAAUGUGACAGGGAUCAAAUGUACUACUACCUUAUGAAGCUUUUCAAGGAAAAUAAUGACUGGCGCAAAGCUGAUGCAACGUGGACCAAAAUGCAGGAGGAAAAUGUGAUCCCCCGAGAGCGAACCCUCCGAAUACUUGCUGAAAUACUCAGGAGCAACGGUCAAGAAAUUCCAUUUGAAGUUCCUGAGACAUGGUAUGAGGAUGCCACAACAACCACUUCAUCUUCUGUUGGUCAAAGUACACGAACAAGAAUGCCUGAUUUACCUGUUGACUCUGCCAGUGACUAUCAACGCAGAUUGCUCAUACUUUCCAAGAAAAAUAAUAUUCAAGAAGCCCAUAAAAUAUUCCAGGAAGCUGAAAAGAGGGGUCUACUACUUAGCUCAGCUGCUUAUUCAAGCUUCAUCAACAUGCUUCUAAGUCAUGGGUUAUUGGAGGAUGCCAUGGAUAUCAAAAGCAAAGUUGAGACCCGCAUCAAGGGCUUUACACUGAACGACACUGCCAACAGCCUACUCAUCAUAACGCAAGUUAGGCGGGAUAAUCUGAAAGAUGGUGUGGCAACUCUGAAGACGAUGUUGCAAACUAAUCAAGUGCCCAGCCAGCUCGCUAUUGCACGACUAAUUCAAGCUUUGGGUUUGAAGGGAGAUGUGGAGCAAAUUCAAUCACUGGAGCAGUUGAUGGGAAACCUGCCACAAUCAAUCAAUUUGUCCAGAAUGCUAUUUAUCAAUAACUUAGUCUUGGCUCACAUAAAGAGUGGGAAUGUUGAUGCAGCUGUGCAAUAUGUUGAGCCCAUGUACAUUCCAGGAGAAAAUUCUCAGCAGCAACUAACAAGCAUGUCCUACGUGUUCCGUAAGGUUUUGGAAGAAAAAUGUGAAGAAGCAGUGGAUAAAUUGAGUGCCAUGGCUGAACGAUUAGCUAACCAUUUUGCAGUAUACACACUGGUGAUAGAUCUCUUUCUGCAGUAUAUAAAUAAUGACAGAACAGAGGAUGCCAAAUUUCUUUUACAGAGAUGCCCUGCAAUUGCAGAACAGAAGAGGAAUUUGGUUUCAUUCAUUACUAAAACUGCACAGAAACCUGGGCAGGCUCACAAAAUUCUUGGGCUCCUCAAUCUGAUCCAAGAUUUUCCAGAAAAAGAAACUGCUUAUGCAUACCUUAUGAAAUGUUACGCAUUGGACAAUGAUGUGGUUUCUGCAAACGCUUUGUAUGAAAAGGUUAAAGAAGAGAAAAUAGUGCCAGAUGAGCUGUUCUUGAAGCGUCUUGCUGUGCUGUUGAAAAAUGCAGGAGAACCAGUCUCCUUCACUGAGCCACCUGAGAGUUUUAAAUUUUAUGCAGAAAAGUUGAAGCGAGAAAAAGCAGCAGAAUCUUCUGAUGAAAACUAAAAUGAAGAUUGAAAUUAUCAGCCACUUCUAUAUUUUUGAGGAACCAAAAUGAUUGUGUGUAGUUCUGAAAUGUAGUGACUUUAACAAUAUGUUUGACUGUACAGGAUAUUUAACGUGACAAAUAAAAAUUUGGAGGAGCCAAACCUUCUCUCUUAUGCAAUCUAUUCUUUCUCAGUUGGUGUUUAUAAUUGCUGCCAUUUUAUUCAUUAGGUUAUAAUUUCUGCUUCAGCAAUUUAUGAAAACAUUGAAAUUACUGUAAUUCCCAUGUUGGCUGUGGUUCAGUGAUAGAACUUGUGAAGCAUUUCAUCCAGGCUAACAUCAGUGCGGCACUGACCAUGUGCUGUAUUGUCACAGAAGCAGGGGUCUGCAAGUCUCCUUGUGUAUAAAAGUGAGCUUGCUUGUUCUGGACCCGACUGCUUGUGGUCAUUCUCCAUGUCCAAUCUGAUCUGACCUGACCAUCCCUGUAAGUGGCACAGCUAGCAGCUGCUUCAUUGCUCCAGCGAUCCAGGUUCAAUCCUGACCUCCGGUCCUGUAAGUGUGGAGUUUGCAUGUAGUCUGACCUCGUGGGUUUCCUCUGGGUGCUCAUGUUUCCUCCCUCAAGACAGUAGACGGUCAAACCUUAAAAAAAAGGUCUUCUGUUACAAUGCAGUCACAUAUUUAAAUGUAAUUGAUGGAGGUUUUAAGUGGGAACAUUUUUACACUGGCUGAUUCCCAUGAAGAGGUCCACUGCUGCAGUUGCCUCACAGUUAUUUGUAACAAUAGACUUUACAGCUGUAAUAUGUGAACUUCUCGGGGCUCACCAGCUGGCGUAUUGCUCUUUAUGUAACACCUAGCUCACCUGUACUUCCCUGGCUAAGAAGAGAAAAUUAAAAAUCAAAGCUUGGUUAUCCUGUUUUGCCUCCUGCUUACAAAAUUGAGAUUCCUGAAAGUUUUUGCUGAAUUCUGUUCAGAUAGGAGGGUUUAGAAAACAAAUCUAGAACUAGAGGGCACAGGUUUAAGGUGAGAGGGGAGAAAUUUAAAGGAAAUCUGAGGGGUAAGUUUCUCCUCACAGAGGGUGGUGAAUAUCUGGAAUGAGCUGCCAGAGGAGGUAGUGAAGGCAGAUACAGUUACAAGGUUUAAUAUGUGGACUGGCACUUUAAUAGGAAAGGUAUAGAGGGAUAAAGGCCUAUGUGGGCAAAUGGGAUUGGCGUUGAUUGGCAUCAGUCAAUGUGGACAAGUGGGCCGAAAGGGCCCAUUUCUGUGCUGUAUGAUUCUAUGAUAUUGUCCUAAAUAGCCAACCUUUUGUUCUGAAAACUAUUUCUCUUGUAAUAGACAUCCCAGCUGGGGGAACCAUCAGCUUUGCAUCCAACAUGGUCUUCCUUGACAAGCCCUGUUUUUAAAAAAAAAUUGUCCAUUUCAAUGAGAUUACUUCCCUUUCUGAAUUCUAGAGAAUAUACGCUGAGUCUGAAUACUUCAUAUAAUAUCCUGGGAAUCAGCCUGGUAAACCUUUGCUGCAUCCCCUCAAUUCUGGGUUCCUAAAGUAUGGAGACCACAUCUGUACAUAAUAUUCCAGUCUCUCAACAGCUCUAUACAAUUGGAGCAAAGUGUUUCUAGUUGUGUACCAAAAUCUGACACUCGCGGGCUGCCCCCAGAACACUCUACACAAAAACGCAUUUCACUGUAUGUUUUGAUGUACAUGUGACUAAUAAAGAUCUCUUUAAAAUCCUUUUGCAAUAAAGGCCAA